ACCGCGCGCCCAGCGCCGCAGGUGAAGGCGCCCCCCGCCAGGCCCGAGCACCUCAGCACGUCUCUGUUUGUCAACAAUGAACGCCGCCUGCUGAACGCCCCGACCUGGACACAACCUUCCCGUCUCCUGUUGCGCCUGACGAAUCCACACCCGCGCAGCGCCGCGCACCAUGUCGCGCCCCGGCCAACGCAUAACCCUGCAAGCUCUCACGCCCUUGACCAACACAGACUCGUCGCCGCCUGGCAAGCUGGCCAGUCCACGGUCCACGAGAUCUUCACACGAUACGAUGAGCCAGUCUGCUGCCGCGCAUGCAGCGCCGUCGAGCGCGCCGCUCAAUGGCACCGACGCCAUCACGCCCGUAAACACACCGCCCGAGACGCGGACACCAAUCUUUCCUUCAGACGGCGUCCUUGGCCAACGCAUGACCUACGACCCGCUCCUCGACUCGAAGUUGGACAAGAAGGCUCGUCAGUCCCGACCACCGACAUACAAGCAGAUACUGGACAAGGGCGACCCAUCUCCCCCUCCCGAUCCACGCUUGGCCAUUGCUGGCUACAGCACGGGCGCCUACACCAUUAAGACUGCUGGGCCAGCCGCCCCUAAGACCAAAUUGCGCUUGUCGCCCUAUGUGGCAAAGCCCUACGCUUUCGAUGCGCGCAUUUCUUGCGGCCCUGGGCCUGCGACGCAGGUGGUCGUGACUGGUUUCGACCCCCUCACUGCGGAUGCGCAAUUGCGCGGCUUCUUCUCCACCUUCGGUGACGUGGAGAAGCUGCAGAACCAGGUCCACCCGGACAACGGCAGUCCUCUGGGGAUAUGUCUGAUCAAAUUCCGUGAUACUGCGGCCAUGCGCAACACGCCGGCGGUCAAAGCUUCGGCAUCGGCGAAACGCGCAGAGCGUGAGGGAACCGGUCAACGCAUCGGCACGGGCACACAUCCAGUCAGGGUCCACACAGAUCGUGAAGGACGAAGAUGCGCCAAGCUGGUGGAUAUGGCAGUUCAGCAGACUCGGAGAGAGCAGGAUAAGUUGCGAGCUAAGCUUGCUGCACAGUCGGCCAAAGCUCCCUCAUCUGCCGCAUCGGCUGGUUUCGAUCUUCCAGCGAACGUGCCUAAAGGGCCAUCUGGCAAAGGCACGCGCCCGCCACCUCCAAUGCCCCGAGAGCCCUUGUCGCGCAAGGCAGCACUUUCCUACCUCAUCGAACGAGAGCCGAUCAAGCCCACAAUGAAGCGAACACCGUACCUGUUCAUUGCCCACCAAUACGUGCCUGUACUGGCCACAACUAUAGAUCAUCUGAAACGACGUCUGAAGGCCUUCAAAUGGUCUGCAGUUCGGUCCGACCAGACUGGUUACUUCAUCACGUUCGAAGUCUCUAAGAGAGGAGAAGACGAGACCGUGCGAUGCUUUCGAGAAUGUCACAUGCAGGCCUUGUUCACGUAUGUAAUGAACAUGGAGUGUAAUCAGUACGGUGACCCACAAUACGAGCGGAGCCCGAGCCCAGAAAGGGUCAUAGCGGAUAAAAAGCGAAAGGCUAUUGAGGAGCGCGUUGCCGAGGAGGAAGCCGCCGACCUGGAGCUAGAGAAGAAGCAAAGGGCAGACUCGUUGGAUCCCGUCUUAGCAGCACUUGACCAGCUUAAGCAUGAGUUGUCAGAGAAGUUACUUGGUGACAUCAAGACUCGCAUCGCCGGCCCAGCUCUGCUAGAUAUCAUGUCUUCAGAGCGUCAGGCUGCGAAGCGCCGAAAGCUAAACAUCCAAGACCCUCAGCAAAAGGAGAACAGCAUAAGUCUGCCCUCGAUGCUUACACCUACAUUGGAUCCUUUUGCAGCGGCGACGCCCAAGGGACGACAUGGAGGUUUCGGAUCACGACGCGGUCGCAACGCCCUUGGGCCUCUUGACCACAACAGACGAGGAAAGAAGCCGCUUCGAAUUGUCAACGCUUUCGCGGAUGAGCGAAGGAAAGCUUCUGCACCGAAGCCAAAGAUCGCUCGUGGCCUUCAUCGACAGAUGUUGGAAAUGUUUGAGCCAGCGGAAGAUUCAGAUGAUGAGGGCCGCAGCACACUUACACGUGGCACAGAAGAGCAGGAAAGCCGGCCCAUCAGCCGCGCCCAUUCUACUGACGUCGAAGAUGAAGAAGAAUCUUCAAGAGCGCACCGCGCGAAACGGCGGCGCAUUGAGACUGGGUGGGGCGAGGACAGCGAUGAAGAAAUGGACGAUACGCAUGCUCGGAGUUUGCUUGCUCAUUGUAUUCACAAAGACCCAGAAAAUAUGGCGGAGAAAGAGUUGGAACAAGUGCUUGCUAUACUUCCGCGUUCUUCGCCAAUCUGGAAGAAAGCAGACAAAGCGCUCAAGGGUUUCAGGAGAUUGCGAAAAAUCGAACAAGAGGCGGACGCAAUCUUUGGCCUGGAAACACCACCCGAAGACAAACUUGAGCCCACCGUCAUUGUCACUCAAGAAGAUGAAGCGUCCAAACCCAUCGAAACUACCGAGAAGGAAGUGCCAGCUCCCGUCAAAAAGGCCGCGAAACCAAAGAAGAAGACGAAAAAGCAACUCGAAGCAGAGAUCAAGGCUGCGAAGGUUGAGAUCACAGAAGAGGUUGCAGAAGUCGCAGAGGCUGUUGAGGAGGAACUCGUUGAAGUCAAGAAGCCCGAACUAAUGACAGAAGUAUCCCCUGCUGAGGGAACGCCGGAAGAGGACGAUACCGGCUCCGUCUACUGGGGAGUGUCCUCAGACGAGCCUCGGAAAACGGUUGAGGAUGAUCUCAGUGUAGUAAUGGACAUUGAUGGCUGGCAACACAUGCUCAAAGACGAAGAGGAUCUCAAGAACCUGAAGAUCGCCAUGCAGUCGAUCGAGGCCGCUAAUAUCGACGAUGCGCAGUCCUGGGCUUGGAAGCAAAAGUCCAUCAAGCACCUCAACAACUCCGGCGAGGCAGGUGUAUCACGCAAGGAGACCAAGAUCGAAGGCUACUACGUGCCCAACCCCACUGGAUCAGCCAGAGCCGAGGGUGUCAAGAAAAUUCGCGAGUCCGAGAAAUCGAAGUACUUGCCUCAUCGCAUUCGAGUUGUCAAGGAGCGCGAAGAGCGACAGCGACAGGCAAAGCAAGAAGACAAGUCUACCCACUCUGUGGAAGGCUUCAAGUUCACGACUAGUUCGCAGAAGACAUCCACAGCCAACUCUCGUGCAAAUCGUGCCAACAACCGUCGUAUGGUCAACGAUAUCAACAUUUCGAAGGUCUCAGGCGCCGAGGGUGAUGCUUUGCGCUUCAACCAGCUGAAGAAGCGCAAGAAGCUCGUCAAGUUCGACCGCUCAGCGAUCCACAACUGGGGUCUGUACGCCGAGGAGAACAUUGCUGCGAACGACAUGAUUAUCGAAUACGUUGGUGACAGGGUGCGACAGCGUGUCGCAGAUCUGCGCGAAGCCAAGUACGACAUGCAAGGUGUAGGUUCCAGUUACCUCUUCCGCAUCGACGAAGAUACGGUCAUAGAUGCCACGAAAAUGGGUGGCAUUGCGCGUUUCAUCAACCACAGCUGUACACCAAACUGUACAGCGAAGAUCAUUCGAGUCGACAACUCGAAGCGCAUUGUCAUCUAUGCCUUACGUGACAUCGGCAAAGAUGAGGAACUCACCUACGAUUACAAGUUUGAACGCGAGAUGGAUGCCACCGACCGUAUUCCAUGUCUUUGCGGCUCGAUUGGCUGUAAGGGCUUCCUUAACUAAUCGCUCUACACAUUUCAUUGCGUGGGUUGCGUAUGUCUUCAACCACGCCCGCACUACAGCCAUUGCAUGCUUCGGCGCUCCUUCAACAAUAGCAAAGAAGACGGUAUUAGGCCACGGCCAGGGACGAUUUGGGGGAGCUUGCAUUCCAAGGCGUUUACAUUUUUCAACUAUCACAAGACGAUGCCACAAUGUAUUAUUGACGGGAAAGGUGGAGGGGUUGAUUCUAUUUCAUCAUCAAGGCCGCUGCGCUCGGUCUGUCUUGCAUCACACUUGGUGUUUCACCGCUUUGUACAGUCUUGCUG